AUGUCCUUAUCUGCCAUUUCAAGAACAAGAUCUGUUCUAUCAAAGUGGUCUUUCCAAUCCACCACACUCCAUAACAGGCCAUGCGCCACUAGAGUAUUCACAAGAACACUUGCGCCACAACGGAAGCAUUUAUCGACCUCGUUUAUCACACAAGCUUCUUCACCAAAACAUAAAAGAAGUGAAAAAGUGAAACCCAAUGACCUAGAUCUGGAAUUCGAACAGAACAAGAGACCAGAGCCAUCGCCUAGUUUUGAUGUAGAUCCAGCUCCAAAAUUAGAUGGUACAGCUGCCAAUGCCAAAAAUGCAGAUUCUCCAGACCUGGACCAUACAAUGAUUGGUAUGACCGGUGGUGAAAUCUUCAACGAGAUGAUGAGACGGAAAAACGUAGAUACAGUAUUCGGGUAUCCAGGUGGGGCUAUCUUACCAGUAUACGAUGCCAUUUAUAACUCUGAGAAUUUCAAAUUCGUCUUACCAAGACAUGAACAAGGUGCUGGCCAUAUGGCUGAGGGGUACGCUCGUGCCUCGGGGAAACCUGGUGUUGUAUUGGUUACUUCAGGUCCAGGUGCCACUAAUGUUGUGACACCAAUGGCAGAUGCCUUGGCAGAUGGUGUUCCCAUGGUUGUGUUCACAGGUCAAGUACCAACUUCCGCCAUCGGUACCGAUGCAUUCCAAGAAGCAGAUGUUAUUGGGAUCUCUAGAUCCUGUACGAAAUGGAACGUCAUGGUGAAAUCGGUAGACGAAUUACCUAAGAGAAUUAACGAAGCUUUUGAGAUAGCUAUGAGUGGUAGACCAGGCCCGGUGUUGAUCGAUUUACCAAAGGAUGUCACUGCAGCUGUCUUGAAAAACCCAAUCCCCGUGUUAAACAAUUCAUUACCUUAUACUGCUAUCUCUAAUAUCAAUCAAAUUAUUCAAAGAAAAUUCUUGAGUGAAAAUAUACAAGAAACAGCAAAAUUGAUUAACAUGGCCAAGAAACCAGUCAUUUACGCAGGAGCAGGUAUCUUGAGUAACCUCAACGGUCCCACCUUAUUAAAGGAAUUAAGUGAACGUUCUCAAAUUCCAGUCACGACAACUCUACAAGCCUUAGGUGCAUUUGAUCAACAAGAUCCAAAAUCACUAGAUAUGUUGGGUAUGCACGGUAGUGCUGUUGCCAACUUGGCCAUUCAAAACGCAGAUUUGAUUAUCGCUCUAGGUGGUAGAUUUGAUGAUCGUGUUACUGGUAACAUCUCCAAAUUUGCUCCAGAGGCAAGAAAGGCUGCCUUGGAGAAGAGAGGUGGUAUUGUUCAUUUCGAAAUCUCCCCUAAGAACAUCAAUAAAGUCGUGGAGACUCAAAUCGCUCUUGAGGGUGACGUCACAGAAAACUUGGAAAUCUUAUUACCCUUGAUCAAAUCAGUGGAUGAAAGACCAGAAUGGUUUGCUCAAAUAAACCAAUGGAAGAAAGCAUACCCUUACGAAUAUAUGAGAGAAACUCCAGGUUCUAAGAUAAAACCACAAACCGUUAUAUCAAGAUUAUCAGACAUUGCAAACUCUACAGGUAAAAAAGUUAUCGUCACUACAGGUGUGGGCCAACAUCAAAUGUGGACUGCUCAACAUUGGACAUGGAGAAACCCAAGAACUUUCAUCACUUCAGGUGGGUUAGGUACCAUGGGGUAUGGGUUACCAGCCGCUAUCGGUGCUCAAGUAGCAUUCCCUGAAGCUUUAGUUAUCGAUAUAGACGGUGAUGCUUCCUUUAAUAUGACUCUUACUGAAUUAUCCUCUGCAGUACAAGCCAACACUCCAAUUAAAAUUAUGUUAUUAAAUAAUGAAGAACAAGGUAUGGUCACUCAAUGGCAAACAUUAUUCUAUGAACAUCGUUACUCUCAUACUCAUCAAAUGAAUCCAAAUUUCCAAAAAUUAGCUGAAGCUAUGGGAUUAAAGGCAAUGAAAUUGAAAGAAUAUGAGCAAAUAGAUUCUACUUUAAAAGAAUUCUUAGAACACGAAGGUCCAGUUUUACUAGAAGUGGAAAUAGAAAAGAAAGUACCAGUGUUACCUAUGGUACCUGCUGGUAAAGGUUUGGAUGAAUUCAUGUAUUUCGACCCAAAGACUGAAAAAGAACAAGAAAAGAUACGCUUUGAACGGACUGAAGGAAAACAUUGA